AUGAUGGAUGGCACUCAUUUCUUUGAGGUUAUGUUGGACUUUGUGGAGCAGUUCUCGUUCGAUGAAGCAGCCGCGGAAAAUCUGCGAAUACCACCAGACAACGUGCCAUCGCAAAGCCAGGAUGAGUCAAUGUCGGCGGCGAUUCCUUUGUCGAAAAGGACAAAUGCUCACCGGAAAAUCCCAAGGACAAGUGAAGAGAAGAGAAGACGACGAAUGGAGAUAAACGAACGGAAGAAAAUGCUGCGUAAAGCUGGCAUCUAUGGAGACUCAAACAAAGUUCGCAAUGAUCGCACGAGGGAGAUUGCAGUACUGAAUCAGCAAAUAUUAAAGCUACAGCUCGACCGGAAACUCUUACAGAGUCAAAACACUCAAAACCACUGCAGGGAGAAGUCGGAGAAUGAUGCAAUGAUAAUAGGUCGUUCGAAUACGCCAUUGGUGUCGAGUGUAUGGAAAGAACAGGCAGUUCACCAGCGACGUCAACGAGAAGAGGCUGAGCGCGAUAAUGUCCGACUCAGACUAGCUGUAGAGCGACAAAAGAAAGUUGCAAAUAGCCUCCACAGCUUAUUGAGGAAGCGAGCUAGCCAACUGGCAAACGAGUGUGCAUCCCUUGAGGACAUGUGCUGUCACAAGCCUGGUACAGUUGCUUGA